AUGCUGACCUGGGAAGGAUUCGUCCAAGAUAUAUAUGUACUAGUGGAUGCAGCAUCAUUGGAAUAUAGGGCACGCGCAGAAUUGGCCCAGCUUGUAGUCGUGUCUGCUCGACCCGCAUCGGGUAGAAGAGGCGAGCAGCGAAAGGCUCGCAUAGAAGAGAACCGCUACUACAUUCCGCUCUAUCGCAACAAAGAUUACGAAGGAAAAGAUCCGGCUGAAGAAAAGGCAAAGGUUGCGCAGUUGAUAAUCAGCGCCCUUAAUACCUACCAUCUUGUUCCGUUCGCGCAAUUUCAGAUCAUGAGUGAACCGAUUGACGAGCACAGCUUGUAG